AACCUGUCACACUUGGAAACAUAGUAGUUGAGGAGUAAUUUUUACCGAAAGCCAGAUGAAAAGUGAUGAARAAUACAGCCAUCAGAGUGUUCACUUCUCGUUGAAGGUUUAUCGAGUAUUAAACAAUGGCUGGAUGGCUAACGUAGAAUGUCAGCUUCUCAUAAUAGUGCUUGGGCUUCUCCAAGGCUCUCAGAUCAAGAAAACAAUGAAUAUGAUGACUCAGAACCGGCUAAAUCGCUCUCAUCCAGCAAGAAACAAAGACAUAAAUACAAGAUCAAAAGACUGCGACAUCCUACCGAUUCUUUCCUUUUACUAAAGUUCUUUCAAUUUCUCAUUGCCUUUGUGAUGAAUGCGGUUCUCUUUGCUAUUUUUGUGUGCCUUUGCUUGACUGUUCUACCGGUUGGUCUUUUCGUUCGCAAGCUAGUGGUAUCUUGCUGCGUUCGGUUUAACAGCCGGAAUGGAAAGUUAAAAGAAGCAAGUUCUUGUGAUGCCCUGUGGUUGAUUCCAACAUCUUAUGUAAACACUAGCCAAAUGUCCAGCAUUUUUUUUCUCAUGGAAGGUGACAUUUCAAUCGAAAACAUUCAAGAGUUUAUCAGCGAUAAAUGGCUUUACUACUGCAGUAUUCUCAAAAGACAUCGUUUUCCUAAAUUAAGGAAAUUCGCCUUGAGUGUGUGUUCGGGAUUCGCAUGGAAGCAGAUUGAGAAUUUCCGUGUUGAAAAUCUAGUUUGUCUAUCACAAACUCGUGAAUUAGAAUUAAUACUGGACGAAGAAGUCGAUCUGUUAGAAGACUCCCCACAUGUAGAACAAAUCAACUCUCAUUCUGACCGCAAWGACUUGUGGAAAGUCAGUUUAUUCCCUAAGUUUCUCAACUCCAACGAUACUGGUGUAUUGUUCCAAAUGCACCCGAGCGUGAGCGAUAUUUUUCCUUUUUCAAGGCUGGUAUUUGAAACUCUAGGCUACAAAACUGUAUAUUUGAAAGAUCGAUGCUUCCUAAUGCAAAGACUGUGUUUGUAUUUGUGCACUGCUUUUGUAGGACCUUCAAUUAUCCUACGCCGUUUGUUGUGUUCGCGCGCGAACACUGUGCUGGACAAGAAUAAUARUAUUGCACAAGGGUCGUGUGGCUACAAAAAAGUAUUAUGGAGCGACGCCAUCGACAUGAAAUGCGUCAAAAAGAUCAAAGACAUCACAAGGACUAAAGUGAAUGUUAUCCUGAUGUCAUGUCUGGCUGGUGCUCUUCGCUCAUACCUCCAUAGAUGUGGUGUUGUCAACCCAGAUGAUGUCCGUGUCAGUUUGCAGGACGAUAUUAGACCACAGCACGGUAAACUACGGCUUGAAAACUGCUUUUCCAGUAUUUUUGUCAAUCUUCCGUCUGGAACAGAAGGGGCCGUUCCACGUCUUUGGGAUACGAGAAGAAGAAUGGAGGAGUUCUCRGGUAUUAUCGAAAACUUUUCAUUCAAUAGUUUUCUACGAUUUUGUCUGGUUAUUUUUCCGUUAUCUUUCGUCCGACGCAUUAUCGAUUAUCUUCUGGGGAAAGCUUCUUGUUCGGUGACUUUUCUCAAUGGUCCUAAUACACCUCUGUACUUCAAUGGAAAAAUGGCUAAAUUUAUGACAUUUUGGACGCCAAAACCAAAUGGAAGCGGAAUUGCUUUAUCUCUAGCUACCCACGCAAACCAGUUACGAUUAGGUGCCGUAGUGCACCAGAGACAGCAAUGUGAUCCAAUUUUUCUUUUGACUGCAUUUCAAAAGGAAGUUGAGAACCUCUCUAAACAUUUAUCACAAAGAACUUUGCCGUCCCAUCUGAGAUGGCGAGCCAAACAGCAGCUGCAAAUGGAAGACAGAGAAGACCGAAAUAGGAACACGAGUGAACCAGCUGUUUAAACCUAAUUUCUUUCCCAGUCAGGCGAUAUUAUUCUUUUUCAUUUGUUUCUUUAUAGCAUGACUUAUUAUAAGGUCCUGUAUUCAAGUGAAAUUUGUAUAGAAAAUCGCAUGACCUCGAGUACAAUUCGUAAAUAAUAGGUACAAGUGAUUUUUUGAAAAUUCUCGUAAUUCAAGAACUUUACAAACAUACAAGUGCUAAAAAAUACAAUUUAAAAUAAUUACUAGAGUGCUCACACUAAUAUAAAUCCGUGAAACAAAUACUAAUUUUUAGCACUUAAUAGUGAUAAUUAAACAAUACAAAACAAAGGAUUCUGCAUGAAAUAGUACUAAUUAGUGCUAUUUAAUGUUCACGGUUUUAGUGCGUGCACUCUAAUUGUACAAACGUAGUGCGAUUCUUCGUUUAUAGCACACUCAUCAAAAUAUUCGAAUCAUAGGCAUUUAGCUGUAUCUUUGGCCAUUUAUUCUUAGAUAAGAAAAUCUGAUUAAGGAAAAUUGAAAUACUUAAAAAACUAUGGAGUAGUUAAUGAUUAAUUUUACUCCUCUUAUCCAAUCGGAAUCGAGGAAUUUUGUUGAGUGUACUACUAUWUCUAAAAUUUAUGUACAAAUGAGAUUGAGAGACAAUUCCAUGAUUCCACUUGUCAUGGUGCAUCCAACUUCUCGGCAUUAUAUGAAUCCUUCUAGGGCUCCCAUCGUGAAAAGAAGUUGUUUGUGUACCGUAAACUGUGUUAUAAGUUAAAGUAAAAGUGCGCUGCCUUGUAAACCUUUGUUUAUGCUUCAAGUCACUGGAACGACUUUUGUUUAUGAAACAGGAGGAGUGGUGUAAUACCUUCGUAUUUUGGUAUCUCGCCUCCACAGUUCCUCUCCUCACGUAUCCGACAGCACGCACUCGUGGUUCCAUAAAUAAAAGCAAUCUUUUUUCUCGCUGGUCUACUAUACCAACUACAUCCAGCUGAUCUGAAAUAAUGACGUAGAAAUUACAUUUCUGCAAAACUGAGGUUCAUGAAGCCGAAUAAAUUGAAUAAAAACAUGCCCGCCAUURAAAUUCAMAUAUAAAAGGCAAUAAUUUUUGUGUCAUUGUUAUUAACGACAUUUUUUCCAUUUGGUGACCUGGAAAUCCUUAAUUUUAAGAGGAAAAAUACUCCAGUUUUACAGAUUUUCUCGAUUUUGAUUGGCUAACAUUUUUUUCAGAUCAGCUGGAUACUCUGUUUAUUUACCAUGUAAUAUUACGUUGUAUAUAUUAUAUAGAGGCUUUACACCAUCACAUGAUGGCAGCCAUGACAGUAGGCACAACAAUAGAGUCGUUUUCCCCUGGGAAACUGAAAUCUUUCUCAUGUAAAUAAAAUUAGACCAAAUCAAAUUAUUCCUUCCUCUUGUCAUGGCUGCCAUCACGUGAUGGUGCAAAACCUUUAUAAACGACAAAACUGUGACAUACUUAUCAGAGGGAGGGGUAUGAUGCAUCACAGGAGGUAAUCCUGACCAAUAUCAUGUUACGAAGCAACAGACCAUACAACGGCAGAUCUAGGAUCCAGAAAAGGGCUUGCAUUAUUGUUAUAAAUUUUAAAGAGUGAGAGAAGUGAUCUACCAUCACCGUCAAUAUACGUGAUCUCGCGAUUUAUUAAUUGACCGUCUGUUGAAAAAUAAUCCUGGAUCUGCCCAGGUUAUGAUAUUGUACAAUCAGCUUUUGUAUUUAUCGUGUAUAUAAUUCGUAUCUUAUGUAUAUAGUAUAAGAAUGUACAUUGAAAAUGAAACCGCUGGCGAUUUCUGAA